CGCGGGGGAGCCGCGCGGCAGCCAGGCCAGCUUCAUGCAGCGCCAGUUCGGCGCGCUCCUGCAGCCGGGCGUCAACAAGUUCUCGCUGCGGAUGUUCGGCAGCCAGAAGGCUGUGGAGCGCGAGCAGGAGCGCGUCAAGUCGGCGGGGGCCUGGAUCAUCCACCCGUACAGCGACUUCAGGUUCUAUUGGGACUUCACCAUGUUGCUGUUCAUGGUGGGAAACCUCAUCAUCAUACCUGUGGGCAUCACCUUCUUCAAGGACGAGACCACGGCCCCGUGGAUCGUGUUCAACGUGGUCUCGGACACGUUCUUCCUCAUGGACCUGGUGCUGAACUUCCGCACGGGCAUCGUGAUUGAGGACAACACGGAGAUCAUCCUGGACCCCGAGAAGAUCAAGAAGAAGUACCUGCGCACGUGGUUCGUGGUGGACUUCGUGUCCUCCAUCCCCGUGGACUACAUCUUCCUCAUCGUGGAGAAGGGCAUCGACUCCGAGGUCUACAAGACGGCGCGCGCGCUGCGCAUCGUGCGCUUCACCAAGAUCCUCAGCCUCCUGCGGCUGCUGCGCCUGUCGCGCCUCAUCCGCUACAUCCACCAGUGGGAGGAGAUCUUCCACAUGACCUACGACCUGGCGAGCGCGGUCAUGCGCAUCUGCAAUCUCAUCAGCAUGAUGCUGCUGCUGUGCCACUGGGACGGGUGUCUGCAGUUCCUGGUGCCCAUGCUGCAGGACUUCCCGCGCAACUGCUGGGUCUCCAUCAACGGCAUGGUGAACCACUCGUGGAGCGAGCUCUACUCCUUCGCGCUCUUCAAGGCCAUGAGCCACAUGCUGUGCAUCGGCUACGGGCGGCAGGCCCCGGAGAGCAUGACAGACAUCUGGCUGACGAUGCUGAGCAUGAUCGUGGGUGCCACUUGCUACGCCAUGUUCAUUGGCCACGCCACUGCCCUCAUCCAGUCUCUGGACUCCUCACGGCGCCAGUACCAGGAGAAGUACAAGCAGGUGGAGCAGUAUAUGUCCUUCCACAAGCUGCCAGCCGACUUCCGUCAGAAGAUCCACGACUACUAUGAACACCGUUACCAAGGCAAGAUGUUCGACGAGGACAGCAUCCUGGGGGAGCUCAACGGGCCGCUGCGGGAGGAGAUUGUCAACUUCAACUGCCGGAAGCUGGUGGCCUCAAUGCCACUGUUUGCCAAUGCGGACCCCAACUUCGUCACAGCCAUGCUGACCAAACUCAAAUUUGAGGUCUUCCAGCCAGGUGACUACAUCAUCCGCGAAGGCACCAUCGGCAAGAAGAUGUAUUUCAUCCAGCACGGUGUGGUCAGCGUACUCACCAAGGGCAACAAGGAGAUGAAGCUGUCCGAUGGCUCCUAUUUCGGGGAGAUCUGCCUGCUGACGCGGGGCCGGCGCACGGCCAGCGUGCGUGCGGACACCUACUGCCGCCUCUACUCCCUGAGCGUGGACAACUUCAACGAGGUGCUUGAGGAGUACCCCAUGAUGCGGCGGGCCUUCGAAACCGUCGCCAUCGAUCGCCUGGACCGCAUUGGCAAGAAGAACUCGAUCCUGCUGCACAAAGUGCAGCACGACCUCAACUCGGGCGUGUUCAACAACCAGGAGAACGCCAUCAUCCAGGAGAUCGUCAAGUACGACCGCGAGAUGGUGCAGCAGGCAGAGCUGGGCCAGCGCGUGGGCCUCUUCCCACCGCCGCCGCCGCCGCAGGUCACCUCGGCCAUCGCCACGCUGCAGCAAGCUGUGGCCAUGAGCUUCUGCCCGCAGGUGGCGCGCCCGCUCGUGGGGCCGCUGGCGCUCGGCUCGCCGCGCCUCGUGCGCCGC